AUGGCGCCCUCAGCUCAAACGCAUCAUCGCUCUCACAGCCUGCUACUUUUUCAGAAGCUGCUGAAUCUCCGAGACAGCGCAAGCCCACUCACACUUAUUCUUGAUACCCUGGAGCAAGGUGUAGGACCUCUCGUACAGGAAUUUAUCAGCAGAGGCAAGCUUGCUCGUAGUAAAGUGCUCUUCGUUUCAUUCACAACUGUCAGAAAGCCCCGUGAUGUCGAUAUCUUCAUCAAGGCACGGGGGAAGUCAGUCCAGGCUCUCAUAACCGAGAUCACCUCACAGUGUGCUCCUCCCAAGGGCCAAACACCCAAAGAUGCUGCCACAAACUCACAGAGCAAGUUCCACUCACCACACCCGCACAGAAAAAAACAUGAGCUAACAAUACUUCAGGUGGACUCACUAAACCCCCUCGCUUCGAAAGAGCCGCACGCCCUCCCCCUCUUCUUCGGCAGCAUCAUCAACCCCUUCGCCUCCCUCGUCGCCGUCUACCACAAUGACGUCCCUCUCGUCCUCCCGCGAACCGUCAACGAGCACGAACCCCAUCCGCUCACUCUCUUGUCACACAUGGCCACCGCCAUCUUCAAAGUCUCGAGUCUCUACCAGGCCGUCGAGACCAAGCGGGCACAAAUGCGUAGCUUGCGCGAGCCAGAGUGGGGACUGCACGAAGGGCGCGAAGGCGUGCUUGUUGGCCUGCGGACGGGCCAUCAAGCGGAGGGACUCGUGGUGGAAAUGGAGAUGAGGAGGCGCAGCGGGAGAGCUGUGGCUGAGAGGUUCAUCUUGAGCCCUUCAAGUCAAAAGGGAGGUGCCGGGGCGAGUCUAUCACUGCUUUCGGAUCACCCGCUGUUUGCGCCGCAAAAGGACACGGAGAGCGGUGGCGAGGGAGAGAUGGCGGAUACUACGUUCAGCUUGGGGCUGACGGAGAAGCAAAGGAGUGAUAGGGAGGGGAUUGUUUUGCCGUACUUUGACGCGCAGACAGAGGUCGGUGGAGGAGAGGGAGGCCGGAUUCUGUAUGACAUGGGGAGGGAAGACGAUUUUGAUGACGAGGAGGAUGAGAUUUGA